AUGUCUCCUUUUUUAGUUGGUUAUUUCAAUCUUAUGAAAAGCGUUCUCGGAUCGGGUCUAGUAACGUAUCCAUACUUAUUCACCAUCAACGGUGUCGUUCCCACUGUGAUACUGACACUUAUAAGCGCGUUCUUUUCAGCACAGGGACUUUUGAUAUAUUUAAAGCUGAAUCACAUGAAGAACAAAACAAUGUCUACGCUCACCGACAGCAAACGCAUUAAGCUGUUCGUCAAUACAAUUAUUGUAAUGAAAUGUGUGUCUGUCACACUCUCCUACGUCGUUAUGAUUCGGGAAAUUUUUCACAAUAUCUGUGAUAGAGUCAAUGUACACUGCCCAAAUGUUUUAUUUAUUGCAUUUGUGCUUGUAACAAUGCCUAUUUCUACGUUCAAACAGUUCAGCAAGCUUAGAUUUACCUCGUUUCUUGGCAUAGUGGCCACUUGCAUUAUGGUGCUUGCCACGUUAUGGAGACUUUAUAGCAAACAACCGCAGGGAAGCAUUGCAUUAUACAAGAAAAUUGAUUACAACACCUUGGGAAGCUACGUUUAUACAUUUACGUGCCAUCAAAACAUUUUUUCCUUCCAGAAUGAGUGUUUUAUGAGUUUGAACCAGUGUUAUAGCGUGAUAUUGUGCACAGUAGCGAGCUGCAUUUUGCUUUAUUUCGUGUUUGGGCUAUCUAACGCGUAUCUUUUUAGCAUCGGGCCAAAGUUUUUUGAUAGUCUUUACGAUGACAAGAUUACGCUUGUUAUGCAGGCAUGUUUUCUUGUCAUGGUUACUUUUUCUAUUCCGUUACAGCUGAAUGCCGCGCAGCUGUACCUCAACAUAACCGCGUCCAGGUAUCGGAUGGCAUUCGUAUCCACAGUCGUAAUCAUUUCUAUUGCAAUAGCUUUGUUGGAAAUAAGCUUUAACACAAUAUUGUCUCUGAUUGGCGGCACAGUCUCAUCGCUGAUGUGUUUUAUAAUUUCGGGCUUUUAUUACAUUCUUAUCGGGGACAGAAAAAAUAAACUGUGGUUCUUUAAUGCCGUCUUUACGCUAAUCUUCGGUAUUCUUAUACUAGCCGCGACUGCUUACACGAUGUUUGCAUUGGUGAUGCGUAAAUUAUAGUGGGAUGUGAAUGGUUGGAGUAGAAUAUUUUUUGGUGCGGGUGGUUUUCAUGAUUAAGCAGAACGCGGAUACAAAGUGUGUUUGUUCGAGUACGUAGACAAUAAAUGAUAUUUGUUACUGGAAAACAGAAAUUCGAG